CGGCGAAUAGCGUGGUAAUGUGCGUAAAGUACACUGGCUGCCUGCGCGUCUGAUAGUGGGUAGAACUGUGGCAUUUCGCAGCUGAAAAUGGCUCUUGUAAAAGGGCUUUCUCGACUCGCGAGGCAGUCUAAUCAUGUUGGCCUCGUCAAUGCGAGCAAGCGAAUGUUUGGUACUAGCAGAAAAUCCCUUGCUACGCUGACUGUUAGAGAAGCUCUGAAUGCUGCAAUGGAAGAAGAAAUGAAAAGAGAUGACAGAGUAUUUCUACUAGGGGAGGAAGUUGCAUUAUAUGAUGGUGCUUACAAGGUUAGCAAGGGCCUGUACAAGAUUUUUGGCGAGGAAAGAAUAAGAGACACGCCUAUAACAGAGAUGGGGUUUGCUGGUAUUGCUGUUGGGGCAGCUAUGGCUGGGAUGCGGCCAAUCUGUGAAUUCAUGACCUUCAACUUUGCUAUGCAAGCCAUUGACCAGGUUAUCAACUCAGCAGCCAAGACAUUCUAUAUGUCUGCAGGAGAUGUCCCAGUCCCCAUUGUGUUCAGAGGGCCUAACGGAGCAGCAGCAGGGGUGGCUGCUCAGCAUUCACAGUGUUAUGCUGCUUGGUAUGGUCACUGCCCAGGUCUGAAGGUAGUGUCACCUUACUCAGCAGAAGAUGCCAAAGGUCUACUUAAAUCAGCCAUCCGGGAACCCAACCCAGUGGUGGUUCUGGAAAAUGAGCUGAUGUAUGGGACAUCUUUCGAGAUGUCAGAUGAGGCGAUGAGUGCAGACUUCCUUGUUCCCAUUGGAAAGGCAAAAAUAGAGCGUCCAGGCAGUCACAUCACCCUGGUCGCCCACUCACGCCCUGUGGAGACCUGCCUACAGGCGGCCAAGCAGCUUGAGAGUGAAGGCAUCGAUGUCGAGGUGCUCAACCUUCGUAGCAUACGACCCAUGGACACGCAGGCGAUAGUGGACUCGGUCAAGAAGACAAACCACCUGGUGACGGUCGAGGGGGGGUGGCCUCACUUUGGUGUAGGCGCUGAGAUCGCGGCCACCGUCAUGGAGAGUGAAGCGUUUGAUUUCCUUGACGCGCCCAUCAUCCGCGUGACAGGAGCCGAUAUACCGAUGCCUUACGCCGCUCUGCUGGAGAAGAACGCACUCCCACAAGUCGAGAACAUUGUUAAUAGUGUCAAGAAGACGCUUAACAUCGCCUAAAACCACAUGACCCGAACACUGGCCAAUCAGCUUCGUCCUGAAUUACAUGACAACAAACAGCAGCCAAUCAGAGGUUGUUGCCUUCAUACGCGUCAUCAAUAUCUAUUUUGUUGCGGAAGACAGGAAACAAAUCUAGCAAAAGUGGCGGGAAAAUAAAGGCGCGAGACUGGCGCAAUUAAAAGUUAUAAAAAUAGUGGAAGUUCGAUUUCAGGACCUUUUUCGCCGUAGUGAAGUAGUGGAGCCGUAGUGGAGGUUUCCCAACAAACUACUGAAUAAUUUCUAAGGUCUCUUUUAUUUCAGUCACCACGUAUUGUGUGAUAGAUGUUUUAUUGAACUUAUCAAUUCCAGGUAUUCUCUACUCGUUUUUUGUUAUGGUUCAGGUUUUUUCCAACUUUUCCCAGCAUUUUCCUUUUUUUUAUGACUUGGCUAACUCCUCAAAGUUUCAUUUCGCUAUUUCUAAAGGAUGGUAGACUAUUGAUGAUAGAGGUUCUCUUUAAACUUUAAUAAAUGAAAUAAAUAACAAAGACUUUAUUUAUACAGGAGUCUGUAUAGAUUGUGAAUAAACGUACUAUGCUUUUA